ACUGACUGUCGUAAAAUCUUAACACUUUACGGCUACCGUACGCAGUUUAGUAAGGCUCCACGUGAGUGCAGGUAAACAGCGGCUCGGUAGCUGGUCGGUGUUUUAGCGCGGAGAACAGGCGGUGCUGCCCCGGGCUCUGUGCGGCCCGCUGCCCGCAUCAUGCUCUACCUGGUGGGCUUGGGACUGGGAGACGCCACGGACAUCACGGUGAAGGGCCUGCAGGCGGUCCGCGGCUGCAGCAGGGUCUACCUGGAGGCCUACACCUCCAUCCUCACCGUGGGCAAGGAGGCGCUGGAGAAGUUCUACGGCCGGGAGCUGAUCCUGGCUGACCGGGAGCUCGUGGAGCAGCAGGCGGACCAGAUCCUGCAGGACGCCGACGCCACCGACGUGGCUUUCCUGGUGGUGGGCGACCCGUUCGGGGCCACCACACACACAGACCUGCUGCUGCGAGCGGUGCAUGCUGGGAUACCGUACCGGGUGAUCCACAACGCGUCGGUGCUGAACGCCGUCGGCUGCUGCGGCCUGCAGCUGUAUAACUUCGGGGAGACGGUGUCCGUCGUGUUCUGGACCGACGACUGGAGACCAGAGAGCUUCUACGACAAGAUCUGCAAGAACCGAGCAGCCGGCCUGCACACGCUGUGCCUGCUGGAUAUUAAAGUCAAAGAGCAGAGCAUCGAAAACCUGAUGAGGGGGAAGAAGAUAUACGAGCCUCCUCGCUACAUGACGGUCUCUCAGGCUGCAGAUCAGCUGCUGCAGAUCAUCCAGAGGAGGCGGGGCCAGGGGGAGGAGCUAGGCUUCACAGAGGACACGGUGUGUGUGGGCGUCGCCCGGCUCGGCGCUGACGACCAGAUGAUUCGCACGGCGCCGCUGCGUCAGCUGGUGUCAUGUGACCUGGGCGGGCCGCUCCAUUCGCUGGUGGUGACGGGGCGGCUCCACCCACUGGAGGUGGACAUGCUGCGGCUGAGCGCCGAACCAAACGCACUCGACCAGCUGCACAUGACUGACAGCUCCACGUACACAUCCUGACACACACACACACACACACACACUCACACACACACACACACACACACUCGCUCACUCAUCAGGGAUCAGUCAGUAUUGAUCUGAUUAUUAGUUAUUAGCUGAUCAGGACACGAUAACGAUGAUGCUUCAGGCUGAUGUUUGUUUGUUGUAAAUUUGAAACUCGCGGUGUCAAAAUGUGGGAGGAGCAACACGAGCGUCGGCGUGGAGCCGCGACCUCGUGGGAUUAGAGACUAAACCACCGAAAAUUACCAGAUUAAAAAAAAAUGCAGUGAAACUUUAAACUGUGAGCAGAAACGAGGCCCCGCCCACUCAGAUGGAGAGGCGGAUUGAUUAACGUCCUGUCAAUCAAACUCAUCACAUUGAUUAUUGAAAGGUUCUGAUGAUCAGCCGGGACAGGUGAUUGGUCGAUCCCUAAUUUACCUCAAACCUGAACCAAUCAGACGUUUGUCCUUUUUUCUUCAUGGGACCGUCACACACACACACACACACACACACACACACACACACACACACACACACACACACACACACACACACACACACACACACACACACACACACACACACACACACACACACA